GAAAUACUAAAUAUGCCAAUGGGUUUUAAUGAUCCCAGUGGAGGUAGCUCCGUGCCUACAUUUACGAAUUUAAUUAAUGCGGAGGAUAAAGAUCAUGAUCCUGUUGACUAUUCUUUUGGGCGUCAAUGA